CUUCCAAUGGAUUUUGUUUAAUAAAAUUGGCAUUAAUGCAUAGCAAUGCAUGUUAAUGCAAUGUGAGGUUAAGGUAGAUCUUGAAAAGCAUGAAAUAUAAAAUACCUUUUCUGAACACACGCAGAUAUGAUGAACGUCAUAUAUGUGGCCCCACCCUGCGGAUAUUUCAUGCAGAUGUUAUGCCACUGUUUUAUUACUCCGCAAUUAAGCCUGGUGCCUUUUGGGAAAACCAAGGUUCUUUUCUCUUACCAUGCCAUCGUUUGUUAGGUCAGCAUUUGAGCAAAUACGAGAUUUAUGGAUACGCACAAUAGUGUUUAUAACGUCACCUAUUUUUCAACGGUUAUUACCUGACCCUUAUACUAAAGCAGGCAAUGUACGCGACAAUACAAAACCAGCUCAUGUCAGUCGAGUGACAAUGACCGAGAUCAUUUCGUCUCAACAGUGUGAUCUAAAGGGUUUUGCCUAUGCUGGCACGAUUCUAGGUUGGAUUGAUAUUGCUGCAGGCAUUGCAGCCAAACGACACGCCAUAUCACCUUCUGUUACUAGGUCUGUUGAUGAUGUUGCUUUCUUGCAUCCUGUGAAACUGGGAGAUAUCGUAUCCAUUCAAGCCUCUGUCAACAAAUCAUGGAAAACGUCCAUGGAAGUUGGAGUCAAAGUGGAAGCAGAGUCACCUUUGACCAAUGAGCGAUUUUUUGUUGCCCAUGCUUACUUGACAUUUGUUGCGUUAUCUCCACGACCAAGGGCAAAAACACAUCUCGGUCGUGUAUUAUCUGGUUAUCAACCUAUUCCUGUACCAGAGCUUGUUCCUCAUUCGCCUAUGGAGAUGAAGCGAUAUGAAAUGGCAGAUCAAAGAAGACAAGCUCGAUUUAAACAACAAAAGCCUAAUUAUCAAGCCAUCAGAGAUCUCAUGCGAGAAUGGUCACAGGGUUUAAAGACAAAGGCAGAUGGGAUCGCCCCGAUCAAGAGGUAUCCAGGCUAUUCUAUGGUUGAGCACUCAUCCUAUAAUAUGGAUAUGGAUACAGAGGAACAGCAUGAAGAACCAGUAAAAAAUGAUAAGAAAGGAAGAAGGUUCUCGCAAGAUCCUCGUAUGAUACAGCAAGUAAAAGAAAAGCCAAUGGACUUCACCUUUGCUGAAGUAGUCGAACUUGUUAUGCCUCAACAUGCCAAUACACUUUCAAUUACGUUCGGAGGACAAAUUAUGGCCUGGAUGGAAAUCUGUGCUCGGGCGAGUGCUAAUCGAUUAGCAAAAGCUUAUCUAUUAACAGCAAGCAUUGAUAGUUUAAACUUCAUCGCAAGUUCUGGUGUGGGUGAUGUGGUCACUAUUCGAUCUGUCGUUUCCAGAUCAUUCAAUUCUUCAAUGGAAGUUUAUAAAACUUGUUGACCGGAGAAACAAAAUUUACAAAUGAUGGAUUCUUUACUAUCACUGCUGUGGACCAUGAAAAUAUUCCAGUCAUAAUCCCCAAGGUUGUUCCUCAAACUCAAGCUGAAAUCGAUCUACAUGAGGGUGGUCAUGAUAGACGUAUCAAACGUCUGCAACGUCGUCGGGAGUUGAUUCAUUUUGUAAACUCAUCCUCUUCGUCUUCUUCUACCGCUGCAUCUGUUGACGCAUGAAAAAAGAGCCUUCAUCUAUUGCCAAUAAAGGAAACUGCCAUUCAUUAGACUGCUUUUUUUUU